AUGACCAGUGAAUUCGGCGGUGGCCGUGCUUUCCUGAAUAUCAGUGCCGGGAGCUGUGCCGACGAUGAGGCGGGCUCGGCCAGCGAAAGUGCUUCGCUUGCAUCCUGGGGACGUAAUCUACUCCUUCAGGCUCAGUACAGUGCCGUAAAACCAGUUUAUCCAGCAGACACGAUCAGUACGAAAGCAUUUUCCAGUAACCAGAACCUGACCAACGGUAUGUCAUCGGUGCCGUGCAAAGACAUUGUGAAGAAUGAUGAGAAUAUUGCGCAGAGCACCCAGUUGCCAGCUCCUCCUCGUCCUCCGCCACCCACUGAACCAGAAGUGCCUUUGAAGAAGGAUCCGGGAAGUGUCUCGAACGGAUUUGCUCGAAUUCGUGGUCACGCAAAAACAAAUUCGCUGGAUCGCGGGCUGAGUUUAGCCAAAAGCAUGAAAACAGGCCCCUUUCCUCCGCCUGGAAACAAAAGCAGCUCGCUGAAACGGGAAUGCUCGGUUGAUUCGCCGUGUAGCUCAUCCUAUCUGUCAUUUGACGGAGGCGAAGAAGAUCUGCGAAACAGCGAUGCGCAAGGCGUUAUCCGGCAGAUCACCUCUUCGAUCCUGAACGAACCGUUGAAGGAGGAAUCGUCGGCGUCCGAAUCUCCACUGCGCGUUCCGCCCAGUGAAUGUAUAGCUUUGAUUGGAGAAUCCGCUGCUGUUCCUUCUUCAUCUGCUUCCGCGGCCGGAAAGACAACUACAGGCGAAGACAAGCGGGGCGAUGAUGUUGCUGAGAAAUUUGCUUUCUCUGGACUCGAAAUGAUUUUUUUUUUCUUUUGGGAUUCCGAUUCAUCAUCGAGAGAUUUGGCAAUGGGCGAUCAACCUGAAUCGUCGCCGGAUCGAGCUUCCUCUGUGAAUGAAACGAAUUUGGUGACAAAUCCAAGCGAAUAUUUAGAUCCGAUAACCCGUGAUGUGGAGAGGCGUAUGAGCAUGAAAGGACAUCAGCAAACUUCUGGAGGGUCAGUGCUUUUCAUGUUGCCAGAAUCGUCACCGGAUCGAGCUUCUUCUGUGAAUGAAACGAAUUUGGUGACAAAUCCAAGCGAGUACUUGGACCCGAUAACCCGUGAUGUGGAAAGGCGUAUGAGCAUGAAAGGACAUCAGCAAACUUCCGGAGGAUCGGAGAGUGGUCCUUCCUCAAGCUCGGCGCAAACAUCGAGUGGUCUUGGCCGUGCCGCAGUGUUUGUGAAAGGAUACGGAAGUUAUGCGUCUGAGCUGUUCCGAGGUGCCUUCUUGCGAGCCAAAAGCGCCGUCUCAAUGGGUUCGUCAUCAAAACUGUCGAAGGAAGAUGAGGAAAGCUGUAAUGAAAGUGAUCGUGAGGAUUCGUCGGUGGCUGAAGGCACACCAGUGGUGCGGCCGAAGAAUUCGAAAAAAGGACCGUUUGAUUUUGAGGGCACGCGUUGUUUUCAGGAGAUCGAUCACGAGCACACGGGUGCGGUAUGGUGUAUGAAAUUUUCGUUAUGUGGACGACUGCUGGCGACAGCUGGCCAAGAUAAUAUAAUAAGGGUUUGGGUGCUUCGCAAUCACUUAUCCUACUUCAAUACGCUGCGUGAUCGUUAUAAUUUGAAAUCCAAAAAGAGCACGAUAUCGAUGGAUGACAAUAUGAUGCAAAAUCAAAUGCAGGAUAUUGAAAGUGAUUUAUGCUCAUCCGCAACGGUAUUUUCAUUAUUUCGCUUUUUCAUGCAUCGGAAUAACGUGAAUGCCAAGAAUAUCGAAGCAGCAGCAGCAAAUGUGAGGGGAGGGGGAUAG